CCGUGAUGCAACAGGACGCCGAGGCCAAGACACUGUCUUUUUGCGCAUGCGUAGAAGGAGCAGGAAAAGGAGUCGUGUGCCCAGAACAUCCUGGCUUUGCAAGAAAGCAGCCAUUACCUUCCCUCUCUGUGUCCUGAGCCUCGAUUCCUCAAGCUGGCACCACGAUGACCCUCUUCCACUUUGGGAAUUGUUUUGCUCUGGCAUAUUUCCCUUAUUUCAUCACCUACAAAUGCAGUGGCCUGUCAGAAUAUAAUGCUUUCUGGAGAUGUGUACAAGCCGGAGCCACUUAUCUAUUUGUCCAGCUUUGUAAGAUGCUAUUUUUAGCAACCUUCUUUCCAACCUGGGAGGGGGGUGCAGGUGCCUAUGACUUCGUCGGGGAAUUCAUGAAGGCCACAGUGGAUUUGGCUGACCUGGUGGGGUUGCACCUGGUGAUGUCCCGGAAUGCAGGCAAAGGGGAGUACAAGAUCAUGGUGGCGGCCAUGGGAUGGGCCACAGCAGAGCUCAUUAUGUCUCGAUGUAUCCCGCUGUGGGUAGGAGCUCGUGGCAUUGAAUUUGACUGGAAAUACAUCCAGAUGAGCAUUGACUCCAAUAUCAGUCUGGUCCACUAUAUUGCCAUUGCUGCCUUGGUGUGGAUGUUCACACGCUAUGAUCUGCCCAAACACUACCGACUGCCUCUCACUUUCCUCUUGGGAAUCAGUGUCUACAAGGCUUUCUUCAUGGAAUCUUUUGUCCACGUCUUCCUCCUGGGCAGCUGGACAGCCCUCUUAGUUAAAGCUGUGAUCACUGGCCUCCUUUCCUUGAGCUCCCUGACUCUCUUUAUCACCCUGGUGCACAGUAACUGAGGGUUGAUCUUUCCUCUUUCCACCUCUUUCCAAGAGUUCUGUGUCCUGGAGCUGCACAACCAAGUCGUGGUUGCCAAGAGGACACACAGUUUCAUCUUACCUGCUGAGAGAUCAAUUCUAAUGGGGCAUUUAGUCUCAAGCACAGCAUUAAUAAUAAUGACAAUAAAAAUAGUGUUUGUUUUUUA